CAAGUAGGCCGCGAAAAUUGGAUUCAAGUUUUUUCUGUUGUGUUUUUCACUUUCAUGAAGCUAUAAGAACGAAAGAGCCCCAAUUUACGAUCGACGAUAGUCAGUCCCAGGUGAUGACCAGUUGUGGAACUGCAGCACAGACAUUGAAUUUGCUUCGAGCAAAAGGAGCUGCCAUACUCUCGACCAGCGGCGCUCACCUGCGAGCGUGGAUGGCUUUUCCAAUGAGAUAACCACGGCACCCUCGGACAUGUCCCAAGUCCAUGUUCGAGCUGAUGAGCCUGCAGCCCGGACACAGAGCGACAACUCUAACCAAAACUCAAGCAACUUUGAUGAGGACAAUGGUAAAUUCCACUUUCUAGUAACCGGCGGCUAUCGACCCGAACAGGAUGACCUGGUAAAAUUUUUAGUUUCGAUACGAAGUAUCCAAUCGUAUAAAUUCUUUGGUGACGACCAUUUUUGUGGCGGCUGUUUAAUAUCUAAGAAAGAUGUUUUAACAGCAGCCCAUUGUCUGUUUGAUAGUAGCCAAACGGUUCUACAUAGAAAAAAAUUAAGGGUAGUUGCCGGUACACCGCGUCGCCUAUUGAAGACAAGUAGCACCCAAGAAUUAAAAGUGAGAAAGGUCAGGCCGCAUCCAGAGUACUCCGCUUAUACAAUGGCCAAUGAUAUUGCCCUUUUGCGUCUCAAAGGCGAGGUGCAGCCAGAUGGAAGUUUUGUCGCUAUUAUACCCCUAUCUGACAAGUAUCCUUCGGCUGGAUUGAAGUGCACAGCCAUUGGGUGGGGUGCUAUUUUUGAGAAUGGCCCAUUACCCGACGAAGCAGUCAGCGGCGAUUUGACUAUCCUUCCAAAUGAGCAUUGCUAUACAUUUAGCGAUCUUGAAGGCAUGAUAUGUGCCUCGAACCCAAUAGAAUACGAAGUGGACGCCUGCCAGGGCGAUUCGGGUGGACCGCUAAUUUGCGCAGGAAAUGUGGUGGGCGUUGUCUCCUUUGGCGCCGGCUGUGGUAGACCGAAUUCCGCCGGCUUUUACGCCGAUGUGCACUACCAUCGCAAUUGGAUAGAGCGUAAUGCAGCAACGUGCCCAUUGGCGUCCUGGUUUCCGCUUCCACUGAUCACGCUGGCAAUGCAAGCUCUGCGAGCUCAGUGUCUUGGAAUCAAUCAGCUUUAA